AGAGGCUUCUGACAAAAGAUUUGCUCUGUGUGUAACAACAAGAAGGAAACAUGGUCAGCCGAUUCGAACACCCUGCUGGAAGCUACAAAAAGAUUUUUGAGACAUGCGAGGAGCUUGCUGAGCCUCUUCCAACAACAAUCACAGGUAGGAUUCCUUCAUAUUUGAAAGGAAGUCUUCUCCGUUUGGGACCUGGACUUUUUGAGAUUGGAGAUGAACCUUUUUACCACCUUUUUGACGGACAGGCCCUUAUGCAUAAGUUUGACUUCAAGAACGGCCAGGUCAACUACUUCAGGAAGUUUAUCAGGACAGAUGCAUAUGUACGAGCCAUUACAGAGAAGCGUGUGGUGAUCACUGAGUUCGGUACAUUUGCCUACCCAGAUCCCUGCAAAAACAUCUUCUCCAGGUUUUUUUCGUACUUCAAAGGAGUUGAGGUCACAGACAACUGCCUGGUGAAUGUCUACCCUAUAGGAGAGGAUUUCUAUGCUGUAACAGAGACCAACUACAUCACUAAAGUCAAUACCGAUACUCUAGAGACUCUGAAGAAGGUGGACAUGUGCAACUACAUCAAUAUCAAUGGAGUCACAGCUCACCCUCACAUUGAGCAUGAUGGCACCGUAUAUAACAUUGGAAACUGCAUGGGAAAAGGUGCAACACUGGCCUAUAACAUCGUCCGGAUUCCUCCUACGCAGAAAGACAAAUCGGAUCCCAUUGAGAAGUCCAAAGUGGUGGUGCAGUUUCCCAGUGCUGAGAGGUUCAAGCCCUCCUACGUGCACAGUUUUGGCAUGUCGGAAAACUACUUCGUCUUUGUGGAGACUCCGGUGAAAAUCAACCUGCUCAAGUUCCUGAGUGCUUGGAGCAUCCGAGGCUCCAACUACAUGGACUGCUUUGAGUCCAACGAGAGCCAAGGAACUAAUUUCCACAUUGCCAAGAAAGACCCAGGGGAGUACGUUGACCUUAAGUUUAAAGGAGCAGCAAUUGGACUGUUUCACCACAUCAACACAUACGAGGACCAAGGAUUUAUUGUUGUUGACCUCUGUGCAUGGAAAGGUUUUGAAUUUGUUUACAACUACCUCUGGUUGGCCAACCUGAGAGCCAACUGGGAUGAAGUGAAGAAAGCAGCCAUGAUGGCGCCCCAGCCGGAGGUGCGCAGAUACGUCAUCCCGUUGGAUGUCCACAAGGAGGAGCAGGGGAAGAAUCUAGUGAGUCUGCCGUACACCACAGCCACAGCUACGAUGCAUGCCGACGGGAUGAUCUGGCUUGAGCCUGAGGUGCUGUUCUCUGGACCUCGCCAAGCCUUCGAGUUUCCUCAGAUUAACUACAAGGGGUACGGAGGGAAGAACUACUCAUACGCCUACGGCCUGGGUCUUAAUCAUUUCAUCCCAGACAGGAUCUGCAAGCUGAACGUGAAGACCAAGGAGACGUGGGUGUGGCAGGAACCUGAAUCUUACCCCUCAGAGCCUCUGUUUGUGCAGGCUCCUGAAGGGGUCGAUGAGGAUGACGGUGUCCUUCUGACCAUCGUGGCGGCUCCUGGUUCCCAGAGACCAGCUUAUCUCCUCAUCCUCAACGCCAAGGAUCUGUCCGAGAUCGCCAGGGCAGAAGUGGAGUGCUCCAUUCCCGUCACCUUUCAUGGGAUGUACAAGCCGUGAUAACACUCAAGCAUUAUCAACCACCUCUCAGUAUUAAAAAGAUGAUAAAUAAAGAUAAAACUAUGCCA